ACCAACGUCCCUUCUGUCCGCAACAGAUGCGAGACGACCACAAACUACAAGACACUCAGCUCCAGCUGUGCGUCGCUUGUCUGGUCUGGGCUUGUCUCUCUUUGUCCUCACGUCCUCGGGUGUCACCUUGUCCUGCUCCCUUUCCCUUGCUCCGCUCCAAGUCUCCAUGUCUCCAUGUCGACCACAAAACAAAGCAGCAUGAGAUGGUUGAGCGUGCGGUUGUCGCUGGUGCUGGUGCCAGUGGUAAUGGCGGUAUGUGUCGCUGGUGAAGGUACGAUGGGAGAUGGACCGGCUGAGCAGAAGCCAAUCAUUGCAGCGGACGACCACGGCAACCUCGUGCUGCAGAGUGGACGCAAUGGCACCGUCUUGGUGGAGGCCAUGGACCUCGUGGAGUUGUUUGGACAAGUGCAAGCGAUAAAGGCGUGUGCAGCACAGGGAAAGCUGUUGAUUGAGGACAAGUGUGUGUCUCCGAUCCCUGGCAAGGAAGCACUCAACCCAGCAUCAAGCUGCGAAGAGCUGCGGCAGCUUGGCUUUGUCUCCGGUGUGUACUUCGUGAGGCACAAAGCGGAUGGCACCCGUCACGUGGUUUGUGACAUGAGCAGCAUCCCAGCCACAAACCUUGGCAGCAACGGCGACACACGCGAAAACGUUGGGUACUCGUGCAAGACGAUUCAAGAAAACUUUCCAGAGAAUGCAGACGGAACAAAGUGGAUCUCCAUUGGAGAAGCCGAGCCAUUCCAGGUUACAUGCAUGGACGGGUUCGUGGAGUUGGAUGUGCAGGGAAGCAACUUCUCCUCAACUGGGUGGAUGUUCUCCCAGCUGACGUUGAGAAACUGGUACAAGUGUGAUUGCUCCGCUGCCAUGGAGCGCCUGCAGGACUUAACCGGAGAGUGGUACAUCGGGACAAUCCCUGCGAACGUGGACACGCUGCAAUGCGAAGCGUACUUUGACAUCGCCUACAAAUCCGGUGGCCACGAUCUUACAGCUGAGCAAGUGACGCGCAUCUCCUCGCUAAGCAAGAGCAGGAGCAAUCGCAACUUUGACGUGUACACCACCUCCUGUGAUGAUGAUUUCGGAGCUGCGCCCAGUGGCCACUGGAUUGCCAUCGAAACAUUUCCGGGCAGCGGCAACUUCGAAACACAAGACUGCACGAGUGGCAACGCUGGCGACGCAUUCCAGUCCGCUCCAAAUCAGCCAUUGUCGCAUGACAUGGGCUGCUGUGACCACACAAUCACCAACAUCUUUGACUCGUUUCCGUUUCCCCUUCGUGCCUGUGCAUCCAUCAACUCGGGAGGUGGUGUCGCCCUGUCAUUCAGCGAACGUGUUCUCCGCAUUCAGGAGUGAGCGGUGUGGCGCUGCACUCAGUGUUCGUCGUUUUCGUUUACACGUGCAACUGUUACUGUCACUUUCCGUUCCUACCCUCCGUGCACGUGGUCUGACCCUUCGUGCUGUUACCCGUCCCAUCCCUUUGUACACCAAGCAAUGGAACCAAAAGCAAGCAACCGGC